CCAUUACAUAGUGUCAUAUUUUUCUAAUGCCUUGUCAUUUUUUAAUCUAAUUUACGUAUAUACAAAAUCAUAAGUGACCGUCUAUAAUGAACUAACACACACUAAAUAGUUGUAUCAGUACGAGCAAUGAAACUUGUUUAUUUCUUGAAUAGAUAACAAACAGAACAAUGUUUGCGUGGGGAAGUACAAUACACGGAGAAUUGGGAUUGGGUGGCAUCGAAGAUGAACAUAUUCUAACCCCGAGGGCCUUGGACUGGUACCUAGCCAAUACUGUGAUCUAUGCAGCACUAGGAGAGAAUCAUACACUAUUUUUGACGAAGGAAGGAAAAGUAUAUUCGUGUGGUAGCAAUGACUAUGGUCAGCUGGGUCACGACCAGCCUAGAAAAAGGCCACGUAUGUCUCUCUUUAAACCCGUCACUGGGCUAGAUGCCCACGUUAUUACCCACGUAGCAUGCGGUUCCAUGCAUUCAAUGGCAUUGAACCAGUGGGGCCAAGUGUACUCUUGGGGCUCCGAUUACCACGGCCAGUUGGGGCUUGAUAUCGGAGAAAACAUUCAAGCCACACCGAAAUUCGUUCGUGCCUUAGGAACUUAUCACAUUCUGCAGAUAUGCUGUGGACAGAGACAUUCGUUGGCCCUGGCAAAUAGUGGGGAGAUAUUGGCGUGGGGUGCAAACAAUUUUGGUCAACUCGGCCUGGGCAACCUCUCGUCCAGCGAGGUGAAGCCGAAAGUUAUACAUUCUCUCACGGGCAUUCCUGUAGCAUUUAUCGCUUGCGGCGCAAACCAUAGCUUUGCGAUAUCGAAAUCUGGUGCUGUAUACGGAUGGGGAAAGAACACCCGUGGUCAGCUAGGCUUAAACGAUACCAACAAUAAGAUGUUCCCGACGCAGUUACGUACCUUGAGGAACAUCAGGGUAAGGUAUAUUGCCUGCGGGGAGGAGUUUUCUACGUUUCUGACCAUGGACGGGGGUGUGUUCACUUGCGGUGCGGGUAUGUUUGGGCAGUUGGGUCACGGUUCAAAUACCAACGAGAUAUUACCGAGACAGGUGGUGGAAUUAAUGGGUUCGACGAUAACCCAAAUCGCUAGCGGCAGACAGCAUUCCUUAGCUUUAGUGCCAUCUAGGGGUAGAGUGUACAGUUUUGGUAUCGGCGGUUCUGGACAGCUGGGGCUUCGGAAACCCACCAGCUCGAUGACACCGCAGGUGGUGCUGGGGCCGUGGGUGUCGCCUAGCGGUAUUUCGCUCGUUCCUACUCCCGGAAAUAACCAGAAUUUUGUCAUUCACAGAAUAUUUUCAGGUGGGGAUCACUGUUUCGUAUCUGUGGUAAAACAAAACAGCGACAUACCCCCGUACGAUUGCAGGGAGUACAACCCCCAAACGCAAAUUUUGCACCUCACUCAGGAUUACGUGAAGAACUUGUUGAGGACACCGGGUAAUGUUCAAGUCGAACAGGAAGUCCUCUCGUUUCUAGAGACUGUAUUUAAGAGUUUAUCUUGCCUUAACGGGUCGUUCUUGUUGAACGACGAGAAACACUACUACUGCAGCAGCAGGCACCACGGAGUGAAUUUAGAGGAGGCCGAGGGGACGUUUUCCUUGAUAGGGAAGAUCGAAAACAACAGCAUAAAAGACUUGAUUUGGAACUGUAUCACGGAAAACAUUGUAUCUCAACUGAGCCCGUCGCCACCUGACGUCGAAGCGCUUCGAAUCUACCUCACUUUGCCUUUGUACCACGAAUUCAACAACCCGAAGCAGCACUUAAGGCUGCAGAAGCCCUUCGUGAAGGCUCUGCUAGGCUUGAAACAGCCCGCCAAUAAAGUGGUAGGCAGCUGGUACAGUAUGACGAGCUGUGAUUACUUCGAACGCUUGAUUAAUGUGUUUAAGAGCGUCGCGGUGUACAUUUUGUCAAACCAGAAAAUUCCACAGGGGCAGACGGCCUUCUAUGAUCCUAGUCUAGUGGCAAUGUUAGAUAUUUUAGCGUAUUUGAACAAAUUGAAUCACAGCGUAGACGGUCUUAGGGUACCUUAUGAUACUUUCCAUAUAAUAGAAUUAUCCGAAUUUAUGGAUGUGAGGGUCGAUUAUGUUUACUGGCUCUCGGAUCCUGGAACAGGAAAACUAUUUUUAUGUAACUACCCGUUCGUAUUUGACGCUCACGCUAAGCUGCAGCUGUUAGAAACAGACCAGUCGAUUCAAAUGCAAAAAGCCAUGAGCGACGCUGCGCAGCAGGCAUUCCUGUCAAUGCUGAUCUCGCCCCAGGGCAUGCACGCCAUUAACCAGUUCCUGGUGCUGAACGUGACCAGGGAUCAUAUCGUAGACGAUGCACUUAGGGAACUUAGUCACGUCAACCCCUCCGAUCUCAAAAAACCUCUAAAGGUUAAAUUCUGCGGCGAGGAAGCGGAAGAUGCCGGCGGAGUGACGAAAGAAUUCUUCCUGUUGCUCCUCCGGGAAAUCUUAGAUCCGAAAUACGGCAUGUUCAAGGAAUACGAGGAGACUAGAACGAUUUGGUUCGCGGAGAAUUCUUUCGAGGAUAACGACGUUUAUUUCCUCAUAGGCAUGAUUCUGGGCUUGGCAAUAUACAACUUCACCAUAAUCGACAUACCGUUCCCUCUGGCGCUGUACAAGAAACUCCUCAGCGAACCGAUAGGCCUGUCCGACUUAAAAGGGCUCUCCCCCAUGAUGGCCAACUCCCUACAAAGCUUAUUGGACUACGAAGGGAACGACAUGCAAGACGUUUUCAGCCUGUCGUUUGACAUAUCUCGCGACAUGUUUGGGGAGGCCGUGACCAUUCCUCUGAAGCCCAACGGAUCGAAUGUACCCGUCACGCAAGAAAACAAGCAGGAAUACGUCAACCUCUACAUUAACUACAUCUUCAACGAGUCCGUCAAGCACCAAUACGAGGCCUUCCACAAGGGCUUCAUGAAGGUCUGCGGCGGCAGAGUGCUGCAGCUCUUCCACUCGCACGAAUUGAUGGCCGUGGUGAUCGGCAACGAGAACUACGACUGGCACGCCCUCGAGGAGGCUGCGGAGUACAAGAACGGCUACAAAUCUUCGGACCAGACGAUCAGGUGGUUCUGGGAGGUGUUGCACGAGAUGUCGUUGACGGACAAAAAGAAAUUUCUGGUGUACCUGACGGGCAGCUACAGGAUACCCAUUCAGGGAAUGAAGGCGAUUAAGAUCGUCGUACAGCCCACGAAUGACGAUAAGUUCUUGCCGGUGGCCCACACGUGUUUUAACUUGCUGGACUUGCCCAGAUAUAAGACGAAGGAGCGUUUAAGGUACAAAUUAAUGCAGGCUAUCCAACAGACCGAAGGAUUCUCUUUGGUGUGAUCGGUUGUCGUAAUAUUUCUUUAUUUGACCAGUAUGUAUAUUUUGCAUUGUAUUUAUUUGGAUUGUUAUCUUGCUAAUAUAUUUUUGAGAAGAA